UUGUAAUAGUACAGAAAACGCCAAGGUACAGCCAGCUACACUGGUAAAGCAGGGUAAUACUGCCAUCUAGCGUUCCGAGGUAGCGCUAUCACUACAUAAAUUGCGGGGCGUUGCUUUCGCAUUGGCUAUUUAUAAAGAUAUAUAUGGAUAUUUAUCAAUUAGACCUCCCUUAAAACUAACUUUUUACACUGAUUCGUUUACUUAAUUUGUUAUUACAAUUUUCGACAGUGGGAUGUCACAGCAUAACUGUGUUCUAGAUGUGGUAGGCUACUGAAACUUUAAACCUAAUCGAAAAAAAAAAUAAAUUCUCAAAACAUAUAUGAUGGAAAUGAUGGUGGUGGAAUUUAUAUUUUUGUCGUUUUUGGAAUAAAGUGGCCCACUUAUCUUAAAGGCUAAGGCAAAUUUCAUAGUUAGCUAAACACUUCUAAGCUUGAUUUGAAAUGGCACACGAUAAAUAAAUAAAAAAUCUGUUUAAGUGACAUUUACCUUGAUUUAGCUUGAAUUUACUUCACAUUUUAUCACCGGGAUGACCUACGCGGUUUCUGCUUGGUAACGAAGUAGGCUACACUAACUUUUGAAAAAGAAAAAAAAAGAAGAAAACCAUUCGUGGUUACUGAAUUUAGUUUGAAAAUGCUGUCAAAACAGGUACAUACUUUUAAGAUAUCCCCUCCCUCAAACGCCCCAAGGUCACUGCGUUCAGAAGAAAGUGUGUGCGCGUCGCCGCGCCUCUUAGCGCGCGCUCCAAGGCUCACUAAAAUACCGGAGUGCGCUCUUCCAGACAUCACUAAGACUGCUGCAGAGAUGCUUGGGUGAUGUACUCCAUCAUAUUUAACACAUAAACCAGACUAUCUGCCACAAACCGACUCUUCGACGACUGUUUUUUGACUUUUAAACUAGCCUAUAUCAAUGGAAGCGCACAAGUGACUUUGGCAAACCCAGGACCCUUUGGAAGUUUUAAAACAUCAAUACACGUCACACACGACACAGAAAACUCGAUAUGAAUGUUUCACACGGACUACUGAACCGGACGAUCUCUACAGCGAAGCAGCCUUUGGAAAGCGUUCGAGGAUGCUGCAACUUCUCGGUGAUCACGAGCGACGGGUUCGGUUCACCGAUUCAGGAAGAGCGCGAUCAGUUCAUCAUGCGUUUGGUGCAGAUUGCGGUUCUCUGCGUGCUGUCACUGACGGUCAUUUUUGGCAUCUUUUUCCUCGGUUGCAAUCUGCUCAUCAAGUCCGAGAGUAUGAUAAAUCUGCUGGUGGAGGACAGAAGACCGUCCAAAGAUGCGGAUAUUAUUAUGAUUGCUGCAUGAGUCGUGCCAUAAA